AUGUACAAGCAGCAGGUUGGUGCAGCCGCCCAGUCACGACCACGCAACUGCAGGAAGGCCGGCCAGCCACCCCUCGCACGAAGGAUACGAGAGGAUCGGCCAGGCUCCCCGUGUACUCAAAGCGGCGGUGCCGGAUGCCGCAGCGGGGCGUUGCACGCGGUGUCCGGAGGCCUUAAACCUUCCCGGACGCAGACGCACACCUGGUCGGCCUCCCAGACCUCGCUGUGGGAUCUACAAGCAGCAGGUUGGUGCAGCCGCCCAGUCACGACCACGCAACUGCAGGAAGGCCGGCCAGCCACCUCUGGCACGAAGGAUACGAGAGGGUCGGCCAGGCUCCCCGCGUACUCCAAGCGGCGGUGCCGGAUGCCGCAGCGGGACGUUGCACGCGGUGUCCGGAGGCCUUACACCUUCCCGGACGCAGAUGGACAUCUGGUCGGCUUCCCAGACGUCGCUGUGUGA